AUGAGAGAAUUACCAGCUUUGGAAGGUGAUUAUGAUGAACCUACAACAUCUAGACCAAGAUCACCUACACGUUAUAACAUUGAAAAAAAUCUUGACAAUGUGGAUUUAGGAGUAUUGAAGGAUAUGGGCUACCCAAGGCCAAAUGAUUUUUUUGAUACUAACCCUGAAAGACUUAGAGAAAUACGUGAUGAAGUAAAAAAUGAUGUAAAAGUUACUACAGGACAAAUAGCUGGUUUGCAGAGAAAAAAACAAAAAACAGAAGAUGAAAAAAUGGAAAUAGAAUUUAUUCAAAUGCAAAAAGAUUUACUACAUAAAUACAAAAACAUUCUUGAACUUUAUUUAGGUUCGCUUGAGUAUAAAAUGGGGCAAGGAAUGAUUUACUUUAACAACCCACAUCAACUUCUAGACAGACUUGAAUUACUCGGUGGUUCAAUUCUUGCUGGGAAUAAUGGUGUGAUACCUGAGUUUUCUCAAAUAGCACAUCUUCUCAACCAAAUGAAAGUAAUUACAAAAAAACAACUAAAUGAUUUAAUAGAAACUUAUAUAACAAUUAGAUAAAAAUGGAAGAACGAGCUAUUCACAUUUCUUCAAUAAACAGGGAAAAAAGAGGAACAAGCAAACCUGGUGAUUUUACUAUUAAGUUUAAUCCAUCUUUGAAACUUGACCCUGAAAAGAAACAUCAACUUGCUCUUGAUCGGUUGUCCAUGACUUACUCUUGGUACAACAUUAGAAGUGAUUAUGGAAACAAUAAAAUCAAAUACACUCAUGAUGGAACCAACUGGCAAACAAUUACUUUUACAGAUGGAAUGUAUUCCUACUCAGAUAUUAAUGAUUACAUUCAUCAAUAUAUGUCUCAAAAGUCUCAUCACACAACAGAUUCGGGUGGAAAGAAAACUUAUUCAAUUAAUCUAACUUUUAUACUAUCCACCUAUCGAGUGUUAGUAUCACUUGAUGGUGAUUAUCAACUUGAUUUGAGAGGAACAGAAUUUGGAGACCUGAUUGGAUUUGAAAAGAAACUUAUUACAAAAACAGAGUAUGGAUCAAAACUACCAAAUAUCACAAAUUCGAUUGAUGUGUUAAAUAUCAACACAACCGCAAUAACUGAUAGCAUUGUAAAUGGAAUAAAUACAAAUACCAUUGCUGUGAUACCAACUGAUAAUCUUACAAGGUCUUUUCCAUUUUCAUUUGAACCUAAAAGACCUUUGUAUUGUCCUGUAUCAACAUUUCACAUUGAUGAAAUGAGAAUCUAUGUGACAGACUCACUUGGAAGACCAGUAGAUUUAAAUGGUAUUGAUUGGUUUAUGACUUUGAUACUCCAUUCAAUGUAAUACUUCGUAGUUAUAUAACUAUUAAAAUAAAAUGAUGCGAAAAUCAGAGUUUAAAAUGAAACUUGACCCUGAAUUGGGGAGAUAUACAAGACAACAUAUUUAUGGUGAAGGAAUGAUGAAUGUGUUUAAAUCUAUUGGUUCAAAAUUAUUUGGAAAGACAAUGAAAAAGCUGCUAAAAAAGGUGUUGAAAAAGCACUAACAUCAGCUGCAACAAAAACUGGUGAACAUGUUGGUAAAAAGGCUGGUGAUAAAAUAGUUCAAAUGUUAUCAAAAGGCACUCCCUCCCGAAAACCCCCUGCUAAAAAAGUUAAUUUUAAUAAAAAUGUAGAAACAAUAACUCAACAAGAGAUAGAUCAAAUGUUGAAUAACCUUAUUAGGGGAGGUUCAACACGUAAGAGAAAAAUUAUAUAAUUAUUAAAAUAAAAUGAAGUCUUUUAGAAAUCCAAAUAUUUAG